AUGAAGGUAGGAAACUAUAGUGUUGAAGAAGUGAUUCCACGCCCUCUGACGGAAGAAGAUUGCAUAAAAAAGUAUCAAGACAAACAUCCAACGAAUGUGAACCAAACUUUAAACAGCGGUCUUUACUGCAACGCUGCCUGGGAUGAGUUUUAUUGUUGGCCACCAACACCAGCAGGACAGGUUACUUCAAGAACUUGUGCAGAGAUUUUUGAAACUUACCAUGUUCCUGUACAUGCCGAAUCAAACGGUAAAAUAGGUGCGGCUUACAGAGUAUGUGAAAAAGACGCUACUUGGCGGUGGGGAAACUGGACUAACUACACUGAAUGUGUUGGGUUACUAAAUGAAGAUUCGACAUCAGCGCCUCUAGCGGUUGGAUAUAUUCUCUUUAUCUGUUCUGUGUUGUCGCUGAUAGCUUUAGUCGUCACUCUCUUCAUAUUUUGUUAUUUCAAAUCCCUACACUGUCAAAGACUACGAGUUCAUCAGAACUUGGUUGUUGCUUUAAUUCUUCACUCUGUUCUUCUCAUCGCAAUCUCGUCCCCAAUGGUUCUCAGUGAUGCACUGUCUACAUAUGCAGAUAUCGGAGAUAUCGACUGGCUCUGUAAAACCAUCUUAUCCUUAAAGAUGUACGCUGCUAUGGCUAGUGUUAACUGGAUGUUCGUGGAGGGUUUGCUACUACACAGCCGAAUUACAGUGUCAGUAUUUCAGCAAGAAGCUCCUUUCAGAAUCUACUAUCUCAUAGGAUGGGGUUUACCGUUAGUUUUCAUACUGACUUGGUGCCUCCUGAUGUCACGUGACUUACAUUCGAUGUGCUGGAAAGGCUAUGGAGACUCGGAUUUCGUGUGGGUUCUAACAGGUCCUAUGCUACUUGUUCUUUUGGUCAACACGUUUUUUAUGGUGAAUAUCAUUAGAAUUCUGGUCACAAAACUACGAGCUAGUGCCUCAGUGGAAACAGCACAAGUGAGAAAGGCCAUUAAAGCCACGGCCCUUCUAUUUCCUCUCCUGGGCGUGACCUAUCUUCUGUUUGCCAUCAACCCGGGCCACGAACUGGAACAAACGUACAUGAUUACAAACGCUAUUUUUCAAUCUUCUCAAGGUUUGUUUUUGGCCGUACUGUACUGCUUUACCAAUUCUGAGGUACAGACAGCGUUACGAAACGCUUAUUUACGUUUUCGUCUGCAGAGAUCCACAAAACGAUACUCUUCAACAGGCAGUGCCGUUUCCGGUGCACAGGGCACAUUUCUGGCGCUUUCGAACUACGAAUCUGAACCUGAAAGUUCACGUCUGAAGAUAUCGCCUUUCAGCAAAAAUAUUUUACCUCUCCGUAGCUGUCAGGAAACGGAAGCUUGCAUUGCCAAGAAAGAUAAUGGAGAACAAUCAAAUCAUUACCGAUCUUUCCAAAAUCCGAUAUUAUGA